GAGUUUGCGUCGAGCCAGUCACUAGAAGGACUUAGUGUUUGCCUAAGUGUUGAAGUUUUAUAACGCAGUCAAACAGUCGCUGUUUUUUGCCCCCUAGCAGGCGUAUGGGGCCAUAGCAAGCACGAGAUUAAUAAUAUUAAUAAUUGCAUAUGCCUCACGGAGUGGACGUGUGUCCGUGUGUUCACCCACUAAACAUUGCCAGUGUCCAAAUUUGUUUUAACUAUUUCGCAAAGACACCGAGGAACGAAUCUAAGUCGGAAUGUGUCUGAUUCGGAGAAAAAAAUUCUAAUUGUGAUUAUUUUUUUCAAGAUUAUUUUUUUGAACCUACUUCACUAGAAACCACGCAAACGAAUACAUUUAUUUUUCCGAAAUCUACAAAUUUAUCGAAGGUAACGAUACAUAAAUUAAGAUAAUUAAAAUUAUAUUUUUAAAAAAAAUUAACUCUUAUACAGCGAAUUUAAGAAAUUGGUGAUAAUUAGUAAUAAUUAAUGACUUAAUGCCGGAUAUAUAUCUUGUGAAUGAACAUUCAUGGAUUAUAAAGACUAACUAUCGGUGUAAGAGUAUUAGGACUAGACUCAACAAAAAUCCAGUUUUUUUUCCAACUUUGUGUUCGCAGUUUUGAAGCCCAAUGGAUCUAGUCGUGACAUAAGUCUAUGCCAGUGUCAUACGUCACACCACAGCUUACCUGUUAAUAGCAAGGGUUUACUUUUUUUUCACCUAAAGGCGGUAAACUGACCAUCACCACGGUGUCCACACCUACCCCGUCGCUGUACCCAGGCUGUGUGGACGUGGCUGGGGGACACACAGACAGACUCGGCAACAUGCUCACGUCCAAGCCACCCCAGUACGACACGAUAGGAUCAGGAAUCGGCGGCGGUAUCGGGUCCGGCGGGUACCCCAGCAGCAUGAACUCAAUGGGACCCUCCAUGUCCCCUAUGCCCUCCGCCAUGUCCGCCAUAGGCGGCGGCAUGAGCUACCCACAACAGACCAUGAGCAGCAUGGGCAUGGGAGGGAUGACCUCCAUGAGCAUGGGACCCAUGGGAGGCAUGGGCGGCAUGUCCGCGAUGGGAGGGUACGGCUCCAUGUCCAUGAACACCAUGGGAGGGAUGAACGGGAUGUCGGCGAUGGGAGGGAUGACCUCCAUGGGCGGGAUGAACCGCUCGAUCGACCCCAGCUUGAUGUCCAACGGGGCGUUGAACCGCCCCCGCAAUGAUAAAACGUACAGGCGGGCGUACACCCACGCUAAACCUCCGUACUCGUAUAUUUCGCUGAUCACCAUGGCGAUACAGCAGUCGACCAAUAAGAUGUGCACGCUGAGCGAGAUUUACCAGUUCAUCAUGGAUUUGUUCCCAUUUUACCGACAGAACCAACAGAGAUGGCAAAACUCCAUACGACACAGCUUGUCUUUCAAUGACUGUUUCGUCAAAGUCCCCCGCACCCCCGACCGCCCGGGGAAGGGGAGCUACUGGGCCUUGCAUCCCGACUCCGGGAAUAUGUUCGAAAACGGAUGCUACCUGAGACGGCAGAAGAGAUUCAAAUGCCCGAAAAAAGAAAUGAUUCGCCAAACAUCGAAUUCGGAUCGGAGUCAUGAUGAUUCGGGGAUGCAUCCAGAUGAUAGCUUGCAGUCUGGGGACGACCACAGCCCGUUGAGUUCUCCCAUCCCCGGGGGUCACCCCCACCACGGGCAGACCCACGCCGCGCCGCAUACGCCGCCCCGGCCACAGGACCACCACCAGCCGUCGCACCAGCAGCACCAUCAGCAGUCCCAGCACAACCAGAGCACGGCGCCCAUCCAGCCUAAAUCCGAAAUCAUGAACAACGCCUCCCCCCACCCCCAGGAGAUGUCGCACCCCCCUCCCGCCCAGAGCCUCCCCCCUCAGGUCUCCUGUCACACGCCGCUCACCUCACAGACGCUCUCCUCCUACCACCACAACUCCCCCGCUGCCGAUCUCUCCAACCUGCGAUCUCUCAACCCCCAGGACUACGGGCAGCUCACCCCCCAGCCCCUGGGGCUCCACUACUCCGCCGCGCACUACGGGCACCACCCGCACCAUCACCACCACCAAGGCGGGCUCCACCAGCUGAACCCGAACCACUCCUUCAACCACCCCUUCUCCAUCAACAACCUCAUGUCGGAGAGUAAACUCGACAUGAAGACAAUGUACGACAUGGGCUACGGCGCCUACACCCAAAUGUCUCCCCUAACAAUGGCCAAAGAUUCCUCCCCACCCGUCAUGGCUAACCACCAUGACCCCAGCGGUUACUACAAGGCGUACCAGUCGACCGUGGACUUAUGACAUCCGGCCACCCCACGGACCGCCAGUCCCCCCAAGUACGACGCCUACAACGGCCGUGGGUACCAGAACAAUUUCUACACCACACAGAACUCGCCCUAUUCGUCCCAGCCGGUCCGUGACACGUGAUUUUGAUCACGUGAUCUGUCAUAAAAAAACAACAACAACAACUUUAAACUAAAAACUUGAACUUUGUUCACAACGAGUCAAUUUUUCAAACUCAUGCCUCUAUUCGCUACUACUCAAACUCUACCACAAUGGUAAUUGUGCAUAAAAAAAAAACUUACUUUUUUCAAAACUUUCUUGCUACAAUUAACCGUAGCACCAAACCUGUUAACUCUUUGUACACAGUACACUUCUCUAACGUGUACAGUACUCUACUCUGGAAUCUAAGACUUUUUGUGAUAUCAUUCCUCAGUCAUCACAAGACCUCGCCACUUACAAGAAGUGACUCGUGACCACUCAUCCAUGACAAACAAUUUAAAACAAAAAAACCUUGAAACCCUGAAGGUCACAUCUCAAGGCUAUUCGGGUAAAAAUAGCUUUAACCAUCCAAAGAUUUAUUAUUAUUAUUAUUAAUAUUUUUAUUCUAAUUAUUAUUUUCGUGUUGAAUUGAAAUCCUAUUUUAUUAUCUUGCUUUACUGCCAAAUAGAAGAGACUUAAGGUCGCUUGUACAUAUAUAUAAAAAAAUAAAUCUCGCACUUGUGUGUUGGUCAGUGCGUGUGCGUACUUGUGCGUGUGUGCGUAUUGUUGAUCUGUUGUGUGAACACCUAAAUUAUAAUUCUUCGGGCUGAUCUCGAGGGAGUUUUUUUUUUUUUUUAAAUGUCCCGCCUUUGAAAUGUACACCCAAUCUUGCAAUUGUUGUUAAAAUGCUACAUUAGAAAGAUUUACCAUUUUAAACGGAAACCGGUUUUUUUUUUGUACGUGCCGGGGUAAGCGACUCGUUAUUUAUACGUCAACAUGUUUGUACAUUUAAUACAAAAUUUGAAAGUUGGUUAACAUGUUUUUAGCAAAGAACCCCCCCCCCCCUCAUCCCAUCUGAGUCAUAUCGUGUAUCAUAUAUUGUAUAUAUAAAGAUAACCUGGUACGCUCUAUGAAAGAUAAUUAAAUUAACUUAUAGGACUAAAAACACUAAAGUUAAACAAUUACGGUUCAAAUAUUGAACUUUGCAGCCUCCCCCCCCCCAACCAAUUAAAACAUACAGACUGAAUUUUCAUAUCUCCAGAACGUAUUUACACCACUUUUCAAAAGAAGACGCUAUUUACACGAUAACCGUAUACAAUCGUUUACGCUGCAACGAUUUAGUUGUUCAGAGCAUUUUUCAUUUACGCAAAAUAUCCCAAAAAAUAAUUUUUCAAUUAAAUUUAUAUAAUUAUAUUAUAAUUUAGGAUCUAUGACACUGUUGUCCGAAAUAAAAAAAAAAUUUUUCAACUUUUUGAAACAAAUCAACAUACACAGUACCUCUGCGUUGUAAGUAAACCCAAAAUUAAAACAGCUCCCCAAAAGUCUACGGUAGAAACGUAAAAAAAUCAUAGAUAGAAAGAUACAAAACAACCAAUAACACUCCCCCCGUCCCUGUCUUGUUAUCAACUUUUCAUGCUAACAUACCAAAGAUAUAUUGUACAGUUCUACACGUUCGUCUCUAUUUGGGAAUUCCCGAAACAAAUCUAACAAUGCACUUAAAUAUUUAAAAAUAUCACGGGAAAAUCCGAUCGCCCUUCUGUUGUUUUAUUUCUCUAUCAAUGGCGGUCUUGGUUUAUUAUUUUCUUCCUUAACGCUUUAUUAUGCAUUUAUUUUAAUUUAUUGCUAUUUCUAUUUAUUAAUUUUAACAUGGUUUAAUUUUUUUUCAAAUAAAAUUAAAGAUAAGUAACAAAAUAUAAAGUUAAUUUUUUUUCAGCCAAUGACUUUGAAAUAACUAAUUUAAUGUAGUAGAUUCGUUAGGAUCACAAUUUUCUUUUGUCAAAAACGUAACAAGCGCGCAGUCCUAUACGUAAUUAUAUAACGCAAGUGUUCAAUAAAUGUUUCUGUGUACUUUUAUUUUGUUCUAUCAAACGUUAGUGAAAUAAAAUAUUUUUAACUUUGUACGUUUCAAAUACAUAUGGGAAAGAUCAGAAUGUGUAGUUUGCAUGUACUUAAGUUUAAUAAACGAAAUCACAUAUCUAUUUUAUUUUGGCGUAAAAAUGCUAUAAGUUUAAUCGCUCUAUGCUGACUUUAUGUAUGUAGGCGCCCAAUGUGUUUUUAAGAUAGAGCGCAGUUAAUGAUUUUCUACACCAAACAGGGUACACAUUUUCCUCGAACACAUUUUAAGCCACGGUAUGACGUAAGAUGACAUACAUGACCUGUGACCUUUGGACCAUUCGUGGUCAACACUCUAGGCCAGGAUUAAGUAACUGCCUUUCAGCGGCGUAGCUAUAUCUUUUGGUUAAAGUACAUAUCUAGGCUUAG